AGAUAAAUGAAGGCUCUUCACACUUUCACAACACUACAUACAUACAUUAUAUUCCUCCUUAUUGAGUUGUUAUCCAAAUAAUGGCCUUUUCUCAAACCCUAGAACAUGAAUCUCCCUCUCUGGUCUUCACAGUCCACAGAAAACAACCAGAGUUAGUAGCUCCUUGUAAGGCCACACCCCAUGAAAUCAAGCUUCUAUCCGACAUUGAUUCGCAAGCCGGCCUUCGCGCCCAAAUUCCGAUCAUACAAUUCUACUGUAGUGAGCCUUCAAUGGAAGGAAAAGACCCAGUUGAAAUCAUUAGGAAUGCAAUUGCACAAGCACUUGUGUUCUAUUAUCCACUUGCUGGUAGGCUUAGGGAAAGGCCUGAUGGAAAACUCAUGGUGGAUUGUAAUGAAGAAGGAAUUAUGUUCAUUGAAGCUGAUGCUGGUGUCACACUUGAUCAGUUUGGUGAUGCUCUUGAACCUCCAUUUCCAUGCUUUGAAGAGCUCCUCUAUGAUGUUCCCGGUUCAGAAGGAGUUAUUGAUACUCCCCUUCUUCUUAUUCAGGUGACUCGUCUGAAGUGCGGCGGUUUCAUCUUCGGCCUCCGCUUCAACCAUGCCAUGAUCGACGGCGUCGGCAUCGUAACGUUCAUGUACACCCUCUCCGCCUUCAGCCACGGCGCACAAGACCCUCCCUUCACCCCAAUUUGGCGCAGGGAACUCCUAACGGCACGUGACACCCCUCGCGUCACGUGCCCCCACCCGGAAUACGACCAGCUCACAGACCUAAACGUAACUACCCUCCCCACCGAUCUCCAGCAACAUUCCUUCUUCUUCGGAGAUUCCGAGGUAUCAACCCUCCGAUCCCUCCUCCCGGAAAGCCUCUCCAGUGCAACCACCUUCCAAAUACUCACCGCAUUCGUAUGGCAAUGCCGAACCAAAGCAUUGCGUUUCAACCCAAACGACUACGUUAGAAUGAUGUGCAUAACCGAUGGGCGCGCGAAGUUUAACCCUCCCAUUCCAAACAGUUACUACGGUAACUGCUUGGUGCUCCCGGCAGCAGUUACAACCGCCGGGAAGCUGACCGAGGGCACGCUUGGAUACCCCGUGGGGCUUAUAAAAGAGGCAAUUGAGAAGGUUGACGAAGAGUAUAUACAUUCUGUGGCGGAUUUUAUGGUUACAAAUGGGAGGCCUUUGUUUACUACAGUAAGGUCUUGCGUUGUGUUGGAUACUACUUAUGCUGGGUUCAGAGGCGUGGAUUUUGGGUGGGGUAAGGCUUUGUACGGAGGGUUAGCGAAACCUGGUGCUGGUGCAUUUCCUGCGGUGAAUUUUCAUGUUCCUAGCCAGAAUGAGAAGGGAGAAGAAGGUAUAUUGGUUCUGACUUGUUUGCCUACUCAGGCUUUGAAGGCUUUUGCCAAAGUCAUGGAUGAGGUGCUUGAGAGUAACCAAACAAAUUAAAA